GGCUGCUCUCAUUCUUAUGACCCCGCCCCGGCUCUGUUCCCUUGCUAUCUCACUCCGCCGCCUCCGAAGUGCGCCGUCUUUCACCCAUAAAGAACUCCUCCAGUUCCAAACCCUCCUCAUCGUCCACCCUUCUCCUCCCUACUCUCUCCUCCAUUUCCUCCCGGACUUCCUCUCUCGCUUCGCCCGCUCUCGCCCUGUCUCCCACACGUCGCUUCUCCUCCGCCACUUCUCCGCCUUCCGCCCUUCCUCUCUAUGGAGCCACUUCCUACGCUCCAUAUCCCACCACCAUCCCCACGCCCGCUCCCUCCUCCUCCUCCUCUGCCACGCCGUGGACCAUCAAGACCGCCUCCCCGACUGGGCCAUCCUCACCCUGCUGCUUCCCCGCUGCGCCGCUCUCCCCGAAGCUAGUGACGUCUUCGGAAGGGUCAUCCAUUGCCAGAUUCUCACUUCGGGUCUCGCACCAGACCACGUUCUCAUGACAGGGCUGCUCGCCUAUUACUCGAAAUGCGGUGACCUGCCUUCCGCGAAAAAAGUGUUCGCCGAAAUGCCUGGUAAGGACGUGAUCGCCCACAAUGCUAUGAUCGCCGCUCUGAGCUGCCAUGGGCUGGCGGAGGACGCUCGGACACUCUUUGACCAGAUGUGCGAGCGAAGCUCAGCAUCCUGGAGCUCAAUGAUCACUUGCUACUGCAAGCUGGGCUACCUUGAUUCUGCUCGUCAAUUGUUUGACUGGAAUCCGAUCAAGGAUGUCGUCUCUUGGAACGCGAUGAUCGAUGGCUACUGUAAGAUGGGGAAUUUGGUUAAGGCUCGCGAGCUGUUCGAUCAAAUGGGGGCAUUGAAGGACGCAGUGACAUGGAACACUUUGAUCUCUGGAUAUUCACAUCAUAGAGAAUUUGGAAUGGCAAUCACUAUGUUUCAGUUGAUGCAGAUGGAGAAUGUGAAGCCUACAGAGAUAACCAUGGCUAGCCUGCUGUCGGCCUGUGCCCACUUGGGUGCUUUGCACAUGGGCAGAUGGAUCCAUGCCUACAUUCAGAACCACAGACUGAAAAUUGAUUUGGUAUUAGGCAAUGCCCUCGUAGUCAUGUACUUCAAAUGUGGGGAUGUGGAGACUGCUCUGUCUGUCUUUCAUGGGAUGCCUAUCAGAAACAUUUUCUGUUGGAAUUCUGUCAUUGCAGGACUUGGGACAAAUGGUUACGGUCAACAAGCUAUAGAAACGUUUCUUGAGAUGAACAGACUAGAGAGAAUUAAACCAGAUGGAGUGACCUUUGUGGGGCUCCUCUCUGCAUGCAGUCAUUCAGGGUUUGUAGCUGAGGGCAAACAAUAUUUUUCUCAGAUGCUUCAUAUUUAUGGAGUUGAACCCCAGAUCGAACACUAUGGUUGCAUGGUUGACAUUCUAGGGCGGGCGGGCUUUCUCAAAGAUGCAUUGCAUCUACUAGAGACAAUGCCAGUUCGACCUAAUGCAAUAGUCUGGGGAAGUUUGCUCCGUGCUUGCCACAUUCAUAGGGACAGUAAAGUAAGUGAACAAGUAACCCAACAUCUGCUAGAGUUGGAUCCAAAUGAUGAAGCUAAUUAUGUCCUCCUAUCAAACAUAUAUGCAUCUUCCAGACGUUGGGACGAUGUAGAGAAAUGCCGGGGCAUCAUGUUCAGAAAAAAAGUGCACAAGUCACCCGGUUGUAGUUCAAUUGAGGUAAACAGCAGGCUUCAUGAGUUUUUGGUUGGCGAUACCUCACAUCCUCAGUUCGAGCAGAUAUAUGCUUUUCUUGCUGGUAUCGAGAAGGAACUGAGGGAGCUUGGGUACCAAUCAAAUACAGAUUCUGCACUUCACCAUAUAGAGGAUGAGAAGGAAAAAUGGAGUGAUGUACCACAGUGAAAAGUUUGCAAUCGCUUUGGGAAUAUCAUGAGUACACCAGAGAAAGCCCCCUUGAGUUGUGGAAAACUUAAGAAUAUGCAUCUUCUGCCAUGAAGCAGCAAAGCUGCUUCACCAUUUCGAGAAUGAAAUCUGUUCUUGCAACGACAAAUGGUGAAGAUAAGUGGACAUGUAUAGCACAAUCUCUGUCAAUGCAUCCAUGUGAUGGCGGUUCCAACUUUCCCAUUCAUUAAGGUAAUUUAUCACGCAGGGAACUGAGAUUUGCUGGUUAGAAGAGGUAGAAUUGUGUGUGUGUGUGUGUUUUUAUGAUAAUCCAGCUACAUCCAGACUCUCACACACCCAACUAAUCUCGGAGAUGGACGACCUUCUCCCCGGUUCGGAAGCGCAAGCGGCUUUUCACCCAACAAUCAGCAUAUAUUUUUCAUUCUACGGGAAGAAAAUGUCUGUACUUGAUUACUUUAUUGAAUGUCUUGUUGCUUAUCCAUGCCGGGGCGGUGGGGUUGUGUUUACACACUAGCAUGAAGGCUGGCAUAACGCAAGAAGAGCAAUGAUGUAUAGACAGUGACUCUUU